AUUUCCAUUCAUGUUUUGUCAUCUUUUGGCUGAAGUGUCUUCUUGUAGUUAGUUGAUCGAUUGGAUAUAAAAUCCAUUUAGUCUUAUGCAUGCUACUUGAGUUGGCCGAUAAGUAAAUACUAAAUACACUUAAGAUUGAACAUAAACUAUAAGUGAUAUAUCAGUAAGUUGCAAAGCCUUGGGGGCAACAAAAACCUGAUAGAGCAAAGCAUGCCACAUAGUUGGAGCCUCUGGAUAAACACACACUUCUGCCCAUUAUUUGUCAGUAACUCGGAAUAUCUUUGUUCCCCUUUCUUCACCUUUUUUUUUUUUUUCCUUUCUCCUUGUGAGUGUGUUCUUACAUUUUGUUAAUUAGAAUUUUAAAUGGGUAGCAGUUAGGCGUGGUGCUACUAGCCCCUUCUUCAUGUCAUGCUUUUGUGAGUGCUCCCAAGUUUUUUGUGUGGGUUUUAAGUUCCUUCCUUAUAAUCAACACAACAAUAACAACAAAGCCUUAGGAGGUGUAAGGUUGGCUUCGCGGUUGAAGGGAGGAGCGAAGAGGGAGAAGUCGUGGGUUCGAAUCCCUCCCACAAAUAAAAACUUAACAAAUUAACAACUAACAUUUGUCGAUAAAAAAAAAGCAGCAACAAAGGCUUAUUCCCACCAUGUAAUUUCUAGCAUGUCACAGUAUUUGAUUCUGGAAGGUAGGUUUCGGUUUUAGCAUUUAGAAGUAUUGUUUUGUCACUUUGGCGGUCUGAUGGACAAGCAACCCAAUGUCCCAAAUAGUGAAUCUGAAUCCUGAUUCUAUUAGGUGCUUUGUUAUUGAUGUUGUCUUUACCAAAAUUCAAGACAGUUAUUCAGCGAAGUACACUAAAUUAUUGUUUGUCAUUUAAAUGUUUCACAUAAAUAUUGCCAUUCACUCAUUCAGCCUUAGCCUUCUGUCUUCUGAUCGUUAUGCUACUGUUUUUUCCCCUGUUGGCAUGUUCGAUAAUUCAAUGUUAUUACUUAUUAGCCUCUUAUAGUUCUCAAAAUUGGCACAGGCUAUUCUUGUAGACGAGUACUGCAUGAUGUGCUGUCCGCUCUUUUUGCAAGUUUGAUGGUUCUGUUGGGCAUGUUCUGGUACUGUUUUCCAUAAUUUUUGAUACCAUGAUGUGUUAUCAUGAUGAUUCUGUUAGGGUAUGCGUUGCAUUUUAUAUUUUUGUAGAUAUGUUGUAUCAUCUAUGUAUUCUUUGAUUUCUUUCACUCCAUAAUUAUGAUUUUUUCUUAAGCUGUUUAUAAUAUAUGUUGUAGCAUUUAUGAAAAGGGGCUAGUGUUUAUGAAAAAUAGCAUUUAGACAGGUUUUCCUGUUUUAGGAUUUUGAGUUUCCCUCAAAAUCUUUGAAAACCCAAGAAUACUGAGAAUUAUUCCUGACAAAUAGAGAAAACCAAAGAUGAAAUUGUAGAUGAUCAUAGAUGAAAUGUUAAAGUUAGUUACAUGAAAUCUACACUAAUGUUCUUCCCUCCAAUGUAAGUUGUAUUUUUUUCCUUUUUACGUCAACCGUAUUUUGGAUUGAAGAAAUAAGCAAUAGCCAUACAUUUUGGAAUUUAGACAUUCAUUCAAGUUAUAAAUGUUCCUUCUAGACUCAUUACAUUUUAACUGUUCAAAAUAUUAUUAGGGACGAGUAUGUGGGUAAACCAGCUACUAUGGAAGUUUUGUAUGCUUAAAAAUGUUGGACCUGUUUUUGCAGGGUUUGAAUGUCUAUAGCAUUUUACCGCUUGACACAAGUGAUGGUCCCCGAGAUGCUAUGAACAUAAUUGUUUGGCACAAUGCUUUUGAGGCUGAAACUAUUUUUGGUGUUCCCUUUCAUUUACACCAACUAGGAUAAUGUUUUGUAUGUCAUGUCGAUUUCGGUUUAGGGAUUGGUUUCUCAUGGUUUUUAAUGAUAACAUCUUGGCCCUGAAUCUGGUCUUAACAGUUCUUUCAAAAACAUUGGAUCUGAAUAUCUGAUAAGCUAGCAUGUCAUUCCCCUCACCUUGAUGAUUUGACCCAUUUGGCCAAUAUAAUUUGUCUUUGGCUUUCAAUUAUCGAACAGAGGUGUGGGCAUUCGGCGCCAAGUAUGGCCACCCAAAGAUGUUAAAUCUCAUGAUACAGCACCCCUGGAUCAGGACAACAGGUUUCAAGCCUCAAGAUUCACCCCAUUAUUCGUAUCUUAUCCUAUACUGCACAAUCACCUAAACGGUCUAAUUGGGCCUCAUUACUUACCUGCAGUAACGAGCGAUACCUAACAUUAUUAUGGUGAUACCAAUAAAGGAAAAGACGAGUCUGAAGUAAAUAGUAAUGAGAUAAAAAAGAAAAAAGAAAAAAAGGAAACCUUGAAGUUAAUAACCUUAAGUAUUUUUGUAGUAUUAUUUGCUUAACUAUAAUGAGGCAUGCAAUUGAGCUAGGCAAACACUUUCCUUGGAUUUUUCUUUUACAGUUUUACUAACUCUAAUCAAGGGAUCAACCGCUUCUUUUCAGGAACAAUCUUAUAUUUUUUCCCACACUUAAUUGUUUAUACAUUCACUUUGCUCCUUUUUUUUCCAUUUCUUUUCUUUUAUCAUUAUUUCACAACAUACAUUUAUUACCUUCUUUCUUUUAUUAUUUAUUUUCUCUCUCAUGUAUAAACUCAGGGCCGUGGAAAAAUAACUUUUUUCUUUCUGAAAUAAAUGAGAUGACACGAGUAUCUUUGGUUUUUUCUGUGGAAACAGAUGCUGCUUCAAGACAAAACAAUGCCCUAGAUUACCGCGAAAAAGAGAGAGAGAAAAAAAGUAAACUCGAAAAUGCUUAAGUCAAAGCCAAUAGAUGUGAAUGGGAAAUGGCGAUAGGGGCAAUAUUGGUAGGUAUCACCACAUCAGCAAGCUAAAUGCAUGAGACCAAAUCUUAAUUAAUGUUCUAUUACCAACAGUAACAAUGAACCAAGACCGUGUUAACAUGUCAUAAUAAAAACCACAGGCAUAAGGAGCGUAACGCUCACUCCCUUCUCUCGUGGCCCUCUUCUCUUCUCUCAAAGGACUGAACGAAAACCUUUAGGGUUCCUCUGUUCUUCUUCGCCCCAAAAAAAAUUCUCAGGCUCAGAAAAAUUCAACCGUUCUCGCCAUUGCCGAAGCUCCAGCCCCUCGCAUUUCCAAUUCUCCGCCCAAACCCUUUUGUUGGAAACAGAGUAUCCGAGAGACCCUUCACAACAUGGCAAAAACGAGGCCAGGCAGAAAAGACGUGGAUUCCUACACCAUCAGAGGCACCAACAAGAUCGUAAGAGCUGGGGACUGUGUGCUGAUGCGCCCCUCUGAUACCAGCAAGCCACCGUACGUGGCGCGCGUGGAGAAGAUCGAACAGGAUAAUAGGAACAACGUGAAGGUGCGUGUGAGGUGGUAUUAUAGGCCUGAAGAGUCUAUUGGAGGACGCAGGCAGUUCCAUGGAGCAAAGGAGCUGUUUUUGUCUGACCAUUAUGAUGUUCAGAGUGCUCACACAAUUGAAGGGAAGUGUGUUGUGCACUCUUUUAAGAACUAUACCAAGCUUGAGAAUGUAGGUGCUGAGGAUUACUAUUGUAGGUUUGAGUACAAGGCUGCUACUGGGGCUUUCACGCCUGACCGUGUUGCUGUGUAUUGCAAGUGCGAGAUGCCUUAUAACCCAGAUGACCUCAUGGUGCAGUGUGAGGGGUGCAAGGAUUGGUACCAUCCUGCUUGCGUGGGCAUGACUAUUGAAGAAGCAAAGAAAUUGGACCAUUUUGUUUGUUCAGAAUGUUCAUCUGAUGAUGACAUGAAGAAACCCCAGGCUACAUUUCCUGUAUCACCAGGAUCUGAUGGCAAGGUUGAGCCGAAGCGGCGGAAGAGAUGACCAUCAUGCUGAAUUAACUCAUCUUGCGAAUGCACCUCUUGCUGAAUUUCACGGGCUAUGUGGUAGCUGUUGUGGGUGUAUUGUACAGCUUCUACCAGAGGCUAUAAACAUCAUUUUAUGUAUUUGACUCCGGCUAUGUAUGUAUUCGUCUUAGAUUUAUGACAGACAUUGAUCUGUUUUCCUUGUGUCCAGAAAGAGCAACUCCUGUCAGUGUUAAUGUUUGAGAUAACAUCAGGCCUUGAAUACUGGAGUAAAAAGAAAUUAUCAAUUUUCUGAAAUUUGGAUUCCUGUUUGUUUGCUCAUCA